GGAACAAGGGACAAUUCAAGAAUCCCUCUCAUUGUCAAAGGGGGAAAAGGCAAAAAAACGUGGGUUCAAGUCACAAAUACGAGAGUGGAAAAAGCCCAAGACAGAAAGAGUCUCAUUUGACAUUGAAUGGUCGCAAGGUCGGUAAUAGGGGGCAUUAUUCCCUGUCCCUUCUUGACAGCAUGCGUGGAAAUUGAGGGAAAGCUUGAAGGAGGUAACCAUUGCCAAGGGAGUGCUCAACCAACUGGCGGUCUCUGAAAGUAGCACCGUUGAUUGUUGCCACGAGUGCGCUUCUUUAAGUUGUUCACGAGCGUAUUGAAAAUGACUCACACCUUGUCCAUUGAUUAUCUACUCUGAUUGUCACAGGGAACUCGCACCAUAUUUCGAGUAUUGGUACACUCUGAGUGGUUCCAUCAAAUCCAACAGGGGUAAUCCCACUGACCUACGGUUCCUUGAUUCGAUGACUGUUCCAAGUUGGGCCUCUGCGAGUUGAGUCAACAAACAGUGGGUCUCCGCCAUUAUGACCUUCUUCAACAGUUUCAUCCGAGAGUUUCUUGAUUUCAACGAGAGCUUCCGAAGUCAGAUUGUCACGAUGCCCGCAGCUCAGGAGUGGUCUUCCACUUCCACGGCCACACGGGCGGGCACAGGCCCAUCAGGCAAGAGUCUGACCACGGUGUCCAAAACCCAGACCUACAGGUGUGUGAAUCAUCCCAGGGUGGAUCGACCCCGAAUCGUGCAUCACGACAACAUUCGAGCCAUUUCGGCCGUGCCCACAAAGCCCAUCGUGUGCAAGGACCAUGAUCAUGGCAGAAGGUUGAGCAGUGUCUCCGAAGGGGUGUGGAAGAACUCUUUGCGACAGAAAGAAAAGCUCCUGCCCGCAAUUCCUAACCCAUCAGCUCGAGCAAGAGGUUUCGAGCGAAAGAACCGAUCUCGAUCCAUGGAAAGGAUCAGUCGGAGACGCGAGACCAACCGCAUCCCGGAGAAUGAUCCGGAUUCCCCACCGUCGAGUUUGAGUAGUGGCAUUGGGAAUAAGGAGAAUAACCGCUCAGUUUCUGAGAGUACACGGGAUAACCGGAAAAAAUCAGAGCAAAGCUAUGAAUCGUUUGCAAGACGAAAUAAGCUAGAUCAAACCAUGGUGGACGAGCUGUCCAACGACAUCAUAUCCAGUGACUUGAGAGUCAAUUGGCGCGAUAUUGCGGGUUUGGAUGAAGCCAAGUCCCUUCUUCAGGAAGCCGUAGUCCUCCCAUUGAUCAUGCCCGAAUUCUUUCGCGGUAUUCGGCGACCAUGGAAAGGCAUCCUCAUGAUUGGCCCACCAGGUACCGGAAAGACCAUGUUGGCCAAGGCCGUAGCUUCUGAGUGCAAGACCACGUUCUUCAAUGUGUCCUCCUCGUCUUUGACGUCAAAAUACCGAGGAGAAUCCGAAAAACUAGUGAAGCACCUAUUCGAGUUGGCCCGAUUCCACGCUCCGAGUAUCAUCUUCAUCGACGAGGUCGAUGCUCUUUGUUCGCAAAGAGGAUCUGAAUCGGAGCACGAAGCCAGCAAGAGGUUCAAGGCCGAGCUCCUAACUCAAAUGGACGGCUUGAGCUCCCAUGGGGACGAGACCAAAGUGGUGAUGGUUUUGGCCGCUACCAACUACCCAUGGCUGAUCGACGAGGCUUUCCGACGUCGAUUUGAGAAGCGAAUUCACAUUGGCAUGCCGAACCGCGCAGCCAGACGAAGUUUAUUGGACAUUAGCUUGUCCUCCAUGAAAGUGUCAGAGGAGGUGGACUUGGAGAAAAUUGCGGAUGACCUGGAUUCCUACUCAGCCUCCGAUAUAACUAAUUUAUGUCGGGAUGCGGCCAUGAUGUCCAUGCGAAAGGCUAUCAAAAACAAACCUUUAGAGGAGCUCAAGCAGAUCAAGCAAGAAGAUAUCGACAAGCCCAUCAUUCCCGAAGAUUUCAAAGACGCCUUGGAACGGUGCAAAAAUACUUGUUCAGAUAUCGAGAUCUCUCGCUAUGAGGAUUGGAUGGCCAAGCAUGGUUCAUAUUAGAAUUAAAGCAUAAACCACA